GACUCAGAAGUUAUCAGCAUCGGAGUAGCUUCACCAAGAGGCUCAACUGAGGGAAGGAAACAAGCGGGAGGAUGGUGAUCCGAGCUGAGCCGGAAGCUGCAGCUUCACCUCACCAGCCUGAACACGGGAUGCUCCUGUAACUUUUAAUGUGCUGAAGUUGAUCUCCCUGCCGUUUGUCGCUCUAUUCUGUCCGGUUUGGUUAUUAAGCGCUGCCAUGCCUGUUCCAUCAGCGCACAGCGCGCUCUUCCUGUGCGCCUUCCUCCAGCUGUUCUCCCUGCCCGGCGGACAGGUGCCAACCUGUCAGGAGGUGCGCACCGUGUUCCAGUCUCUGCAUCCGGGCUCCAAGUGGGUCCCCGAAAGCCCGGUGUCAGGUGCGGAUCUGCAGGUUUGCCAAACCAAAGGCCCGACCUGCUGUUCCAAGAAAAUGGAGGAGCGGUAUCAGGUAGCUGCACGCAGCAAUAUGGAGUCUGGUCUGCAGGUUGUCAGCGCUCAACUCAAACGUCUUAUCAUCCAGAACGCCGCCAUAUUCCAAGAGGCCUUUGACUUGGUGCUGCGUCACGGCCGUAACUCCACCCUGGCCAUGCUCAAGGCAGAGUUCCCGAGUCUUGGAAGUGGAUCCAUGAGCUCCGUGGGGCAGCUCUUCCUGGACAUGUCGCUCUACAUCCUGGGCUCAGACUCCACGGUGGACCACAUGGUGGCGCUGCUCUACGGCCGCCUCUUCCCCCUGGCUUAUCGCCGCCUGAUGGGCGGCAGCGUGUCCUCUGCCACUGAGGAGUGUGUAAGAGGAGCCUGGAAGGAGUCAGGAGCGUUUGGCCCUUAUCCCAAACUCAUGAUGACCCGUCUGUCUCGCUCCCUCCUGGCCACACGUGUCUUCCUGCAGGCGCUGAACCUGGGCAUCGAGGUUGUCAACACCACAGACCACCUGCGGCCCGGCCGGGACUGCAGCCGGGCCCUGCUGAGGCUCUGGUACUGCCCGCACUGCCAGGGCAUGCUGGGGCCGCCGGCCUGCAGAGGCUUCUGUCAGGCGGUGAUGCAGGGCUGCCUGGGGGGGGCGGCCGAGGUGCAGCCCCACUGGAGGACCUACGUAGAGGGGCUGGGGAAGCUGGCCGGCGCCAUGAGGGGCGAGCAGGACAUGGAGGCUGUUGUUCUUAGUCUGCCUUCAAUGAUCAAACUGGCUAUCAAGCACGCUGUGAACGCCCGCACCCGCCUCGCUGCACAGGUGAGCGGGAUGUGUGGAGUCACUCCUCAGCGGGCCUCUCGCUCGGUAGGAUCCCCUCCUCCCCAGCCCCCCGCUGCCUCUGCAGCCCGCAACAUGCAGCCCUCAUCCCCGGACUCUGAUGAGACUUUGGCAGGCCUCCGCAGGGAGUUCAUAUCCAACCUGAAGGGCUUCAGCUCCUUCUACAGUGGUCUCGGGGAGGCGUUGUGCAGCCGUGAGCCUGCUCCAGCGAACCACUCCCUCUGCUGGAAUGGGCAGGAGAUGACAGACAGGUUUCCUGGGCCGGGCCUGAAGCGCCUGCACCCCGGCUCCGAGUCCCGAAGCAACAAGCCCCCCGAGCCGGUCAUCAGCCAGAUCAUAGACAAACUCAAACACAUCAACCAGUUGCUGCGGCUGGUAACCGUGUCUGAGAAGCGCUGGAGAGCCCGGUCGCGCGCAAGCGGAGUGGACGGCUGGAGCGACGAGGGGGAAGAAGGAUUCCAGAGCGGUGACUGUGACGAUGAAGAUGAGUGCACCGGGGUGUCAGGGCUGGGGCCGCCACCGAGGCGCAAACGGUUACGCAUCUUCGCAGACCUCGCUGAUAACCUGGCAAUGGACGACUUCACCUUCCAGGAGCAGCUGCUGACCCCUCGCCUGGCCACGGCCGGGGUCGGGGGCGGCUCCUCACCUGCGGCUCCGCUGUGGAGGAGCUACCUGGUCCUGACGCUCCCUGCGACGCUCGCUCUGCUCCUGCUCUGUCACCACUGACCACCGCGACCUCCCGCCACCUCUCACCCCCUAGGAUUCAAUACAAACUCUGUGGAACAGGACAAGUUUUUUUUAAGUUCUGGUUCCUGAAAGUUCAGUGACUCGUAGAAGAAAGCAUGAACAAUAAAUGCUACAUUUCUCUUUGUCUUGUUUAAUUCAAAAUCACUGAAUGUUCUCAACAAACAUAUUAAAGCACACCAGAUGAACCCAUGGCAUCGUGUAAAUAACAAACUCGUCCUCUGGUCCACUCCCACUAUUGUUAUGACAACUUUUGUGCCCUCUUGCCCCUCCUCCCCGCUCUCAUACUGACUUCUGUAUAAUAACUCGUCAUGACACAGCUUUGACAUGGACCUGCAAGUGAGGAUCUACGUGGAGAACAGACCUUUUUUUUAAAAAUGUCUGCAACAAGUUAUUGCCCUGCAGAAACAACUUGGAAGAAGAAGAAAACUUUUGCUGCUCUCUUCCAUGGUAGUGAAUGAUCUCCUGCCAGGACUGGGCUUCAGCUGCAGACAGAGUGAACUCCUUAUCCUCAGAGGCUGGGGUUAAACCCUUUUUUGAACAUGCACUGUACCUUAACGUGCUCUGUAACUGCUUAAAGGGACAGUUCAUCCCAAAAACCAAACAUACAUAUUUUUUCUCUUUGUUCUAUUCAUCAGUCUAGAUUGUUUUGGUGUGAGUUGCCAUAGAGAUGCCAGUCUUCUCUCUAAUAUAAUUGAACUAGAUUUUUUCUAAUGGUUUUAUAAUACACUGUGUACAAAUGAACUACUCUUUCAGGCCCUUAAGGCCAAAAAUGUCUACCUGCAAAAAAAAUGCUAUAAAAACUUUACAGAUUAAUAUUUUUUUCUACUUUUUUCUGCAUAAACCUCUUAAACAACUUCCACCCUGCUCAAAAUUACCAAACAUUCAACAUUCAUACCAACAUUCAAAGAUUUUGAGGAUUUUAAUCAUUUAAAUGCCGGUUUGAUUACAUGAUGUCACUGUUUUUCAAAGAAAAAAACAGACAAAAAUUUUAAAAAGUUAUUUUCCACAUUAUAAAUAUUGUUUGGCUGGGGCAUUGGUUUUUAUCACAGCCUUGGAUGUGUCAAAGAUUAAGAACAAACUUGAUUUUGAUGCAUUUUUGGUAGUUUUGAGCAGGGCGGAAGUUGUUUAAGAGGUUUAUGCAAAAAAAAAAAAUUGUAAUUUGUAAUGUUUUUAUUGCAUUUUUUUGAAAGUGGACAUUUUCAGCCUUAAGGGCCUGAAAGGGUAGUAAAUUAAAGUGGGCACAGAGGGUUAAAGCCAAUCGGAAACCUCCGGUGCAGAAGUGCAGAACUGCAAAUAAGUUACGUUAAUGAAGUUUAAUCGAAGGGCAUCCAAAUAAACAACUUUUGGCUGAAGUUAAAUUAAAUCUUAAACCCUCCUGUUUUGUUCGUUUCUCAGGAACAGCAAUUAUGUUUGUGGGUCAAUUUGACCCGGGGCAUGUUUAAUUAUCCAAAAAUGUCAGAAACCAAAAAAUCCCAAUAUUCUUUGUUUAUAUUUCAUAAUUAACUCCAUUACUAACAAUUUCAAUCGAUAUUUAGUGCAGUGGUGUUCUUUACUUCUCACACUUUAUUCACUCGUUUUAAAAAAGAAAUCCAGGUUAAACUUAUUUUUUCUGUACAUUGGAAAGACCUACAUAUAAAAUACAUUAGUCAUUGAUAUGUGAAAUGAACCAUUUUAAUGUUAUAUGUUGAUUACACUUAUUAAGCCAAGCAGAAGAAGUUUCAUCCCCCCAAAAAAACACUUUUUACUUUUUUUUUUUUUUUUUAGAUUUUUAAACUUUGAAAUGGGUCGAUUUGACCCGCAACAUAACAGGAGGGUUAAUUCUGGUUAAGUGGUUUGCCUGAAAUUGACACAUACAAAGUAACGGUAAACAUUAUGCUGAUUCACAGUAACAUUGGCAACCUUACUGUCUCGACAAAAUCUGGUAUUUAAAAAUACCUUAAUUAUAUAUUCAAAACACGUUGAACCUGGUUUCGUAAAGUUUUAGGGUAAUUUACCUUGAGUAAUGUAGGCUUCGUCCGCGCUAUUCAGAAACCCCAUGAGACUUCAUCCAUUUUUUAUACAGUCUAUGCUUAAAGCGCCAAAAAAUACAUUGAAAAAAACUCAAAAGCAAGCCUGUUUUCAAAAAUUGGGACCAGGGCUCUGUUGUAAGAAGCAUGAUUUGUGGUUAGUGAGGUGACUCCAGGGCUUAUUCUGGGUUUUCUGUCCUACAACAGUGUUAGCAAUGGACAUGGUUCUUAUUAACGCUGCACACGUAACCUGCUCUGUAAGCUGGAGGAAAGAGAUCAACAAAUGAUAGAAAGAACUGGGGUAAGGGAAAAAGCAUUUUUGUUUUUGGGGUGAACUGUCCCUCUAAAUCUCCCUCUUUCUCUCUCUUCCUUUGUGUCCUAGUAAUAGCUAAAUUAUUUCAGACUGAUUCCCUAAAUUCACUUGUUCCAACUCCCACCGUCGGUGUUUGCUUUAUUUUGUAACGCUGAUGAUUUUGUAACAGUAACAGCCCUGUAAUUUAAAAAAAAGACUUAAGGGCUAUCAUAAGAGCCUAGAUCUCCAAAUCAGCCUGAUAACUGUACAGAUGUGUGUUUCUCUGUGUUUGUGCCAUGUUUACAAAAAUGUUCAUUUGAAAUACUGGCAUAUUUCACAAGAAUAUGUAGUUUGUGGAUUGAACUGUUGUCUGGACUGUGACGCAUCGCGGCAGAUUUCUAGCUUCUUCUUCUUCUUCUUCAGCACUGUGGGUAAAACGAGGAGUAAUGUGAAAUAUAAAUAUGUGUAUAUGACUUUUGUAAUGUUGUUUGCAUUGAGCUCAUACAUUCUCAAACUCUGGCCUUUGUAUUUAAUUCUUUGUUCUUAUGUUUUGUUUCAAUCAGAAGUCAGAUUUCUGUAUCCUUUGUUUGGUUUGGUUUGUGUGGUGUAAAGUGGAUUCCUGCUCCCUUGUUUAGACUGGAGGAGGUAUGAUGGAUGUUUGCAAAGACACUGAUUAACAGUUUAAAUUGUGCACUGUCCACACACCACGGCUGACAUUGGGUGAGAGAGACCAUUGCACAAAGCACAGGUGUAACUGAUCAACAGUCACAAUGGCUCUGCUCCAUGCGGUGUACCAGGGGCCUGAAGCUGGAGCACCUAAACAGCACGGAGCCUAGAAGGUGGAGUCAGUGAUUCUAAUCCAAUACACUUUGUGUCAAAAAUUCUCUGAAUUCUCAGAAAAAUGGUCCGACCGGUUGUGUGUAAAGCUGCAACAAUUAUUUGAUUAAUCGAACAAUAAUCGAUUAUUUAAUUAAUCGUCAACUAUUUUGAUCAUCGAAUAAUUGGUUUGAACAGUUUUUAAAGACAAUAAGUCUCUGAAAUUCUCUGAUUUUAAGCUUCUUCAAUGUGAAUAUUUCUGGUUUCUUUGUUCCUUUAUGACAGUAAACUGAAUAUCUCUUUGGUUUGUGGACAAAACAAGAGAUUUGAGGACGUCAUCUUGUGGUUUGGGAAACACUGAUUGAUAUUUUUAUACAUUUCAACAUUUUAACACCCUAUUUACCCAGCCCUAUUUAUGUGUGUGCAUGGCCCCUUUUCAACCAACCCAAACCUAGUUCUAAUGCUGGUGCUGGUUCACAGUUGGUUCAACUUGUGACAGGAAUAAAGUGCUUAUUUAACAAACAAAAAAAUGUUUUCAUUAUUUUGAGGGCCAUUGAAACUGUUAAUGAUAAUAAUCUCUCCAGAAUCCCUGACUCCAGCUUUAAUGAACGUUAUUAGUUACCCUGUGUCACACAGCCAGCCCAUCAGAGCUGUGAUCAGAGGCUCAGAAAAAUGAAUGCACAGUAAUAUGUUGAUUUCUUUCAGUUAACUGUUGAUGAGGAAAGUACAAUGUAUAAUAAACUAAACCUGUUUGAACUGUU